CAUCCAGCACUAUAACCCCACACUCUCUGCACAUUAAAUUUCUUCUGAUCUUCUGUGAAACAAAGAAAGAAAGAAAGAAAGAAAAAUGGAUGUUGAUGAGGAGUGGGAAGUGUUGCCAGAGGAUGGGUUUCUUGAAAUCAAUGAUGAUGGAUCUGGGAAGAACAUCUUCUCCAGAAAAUACAACACAGAUGGUACUGACUUCAACAUGAACUACACCUACUUCGUCUGCCCUCCACCUCCAAAACCUUAUUAUUCUUCCCAAUUCCUCGACCCGACACCGACAAAACCAUCCCAAGUUUCAGAAACACCGCUGCAAGACAAGAUAUCGCAGGUCUGCUUCAAGAAAAUGAACGAUCAUCAUCAUCAGGCGGCAGCCGAGAAUAUGAAAAUGGACUCGCCCAGGUCAUCACUAGUAGUUGUGCCGCAGAUUAGUGAUGAUGAUGAUGUAGGGGGAGGAGGAGGAGAAGUUUUCGAGGAUACUAAGGAUGUUGUUUCAUCACCGGAGUCGGAGUCGGAGGAGGGGAUUCAAGAAAACGAAGACGGCGGCGGGGGGUUCAACUUGUGGCAAUGGAGUUUGAGUGGAAUCGGAGCGAUUUGUUCAUUUGGGGUUGCUGCUGCCACCACUAUAUGCAUCGUUUUCAUCGAAAAUCAACAGAAGCACAAAAGGCAGCACCACAAUCACAACAUCCGCUUUCAAAUCUAUACUCAUCACGAUAAGAGGAUCAAGGAAGUGGUUCAGCAUGCAAGCAAGUUAAACGAGGCCAUAUCAACGGUGAGGGGAGUUCCAUUCACCAGAGCUCACAUCACAUUUGGGGGUUACUGCGAUGCCUUUUAGGGAAAAUAUAUAUAUAUAUAUAUAUAUAUAUAUAUAGAUCUACUUGUUGUGUGUCACCUUCAUAUCAUUAUAUCCCAAUUUAUAGGAUCUAUUUAUUUUGUGUACAUAAAUAUUUUGAGAGAUUCUCAAGUGUAUUCUGAUCUACUAUGGUCGUCCUAGAUUGUGUCUCUGUGUUUUGUCUUUUAAAGAAAUAAUUAAAUAAAUAAAAAUCACUUAUUGUUAUUUAGGG